AAACCCUCUUUGGGUGAAAAGAAUGUUAGAAGACGUGGGAAGCUUCUUGUUUUGGAGGCGGGGAGAAUUCUGCCUAGAACCUAAACUCGUUCUCCUUCCCAUCCGCUAAAAACCCCAUGAAAUGAUUUAACUAGAAACUGUUGCAUGCAAGCCCUAAAUUCCAAUUAGAGGGUUCCCGAAAUGCUUUUGAGUCAGGGCCGUGAAAAGGCUUUUGGGGGCCUUAGACAAGAUUUUUAGAAAUAUUGAUUCCCACAUUUGACUAUUCCCGCUCCCCCCCCCCCUUUUACUUUACCCCAAUACCCUUGGGGCUUCCACUCGACUACUUUUAAUCCCCCACCUUUUCUCACGACCUUCCUUCCUCCUAUCACUGUUUCCUUCCCCUGUACUCCCUUUUCUUCUCCAAUCCUCUUUCCUCUACCUCCCUCUUUCAAUGGGAGGCUUUGAACCUUCAUUGUAGCAAUGCAGCUUAUCACAAAAUAAAUACUUAUGUACCACGGAGAGUGGAAUUUUCUUGCAAAAAACCCCCUGCAUUAUAAAAAUCAAUAAUAAAAAGUACCCUUCGUGGUGACUCUCAAUAAAUUUAUAACUUGGCUAUCCAUAAUCCCAAUUCUGCUUUCAUCUCAAGAGUUUUUCCUGCCGCACUCCCCCUCUCCCCAACCUCAAUUCCCAAACCUAGGCUUCCUUUAAAGAAAGUCUACCUUUUUUUUCCCUCUUGUUGAUUCAGUCUAAAGUGAGCGAGGCUGCCCUUUAGCCUAGAGCUGAGGUUCUUUUCUUUGUUACUAUCUUAUAUUGGGGGGAGGAGGAGGGAGAGAAUGGAAGGGUCGUGGGAGGGCCUUGGCUGGGAUAUACUGAACUCAGCUUCUUGAAAAGAUACAUAGAAGUAAAUCUUGCUGUAAUCAAAGUAUAAUGUCUGUUCUCUCACACAAACCUCCUUCAUAACAAGCCCAGGCUUAUCAUUGCUAUGGACACUUUUAUAUUCUUCCCUCCUUGAAAUUCCCAAAGGCAGGGGCUCUUAACCUUUUUUUGUGUCAGACACCUUUUUGGCAGUCUGGUGAAACCUAUGGACCCCUUCUCAGACUAAAGUUUUCUUUCCUACAAACAUAUUUGAAGUAUGCUAAACUUAAGUUAGAUAUUAGUGAAAGUUAAAAUGUCAUUUUUCCCAUUCAAAUUUUUGUACCUCCUGAAACCUGUCUUUGAACCUUGGUUUAAGAAUCUUUUUUCUGGGUCAGCUAGGUGGCUCAGUGGAUAGUGAGUCAGGUCUGGAGACAGGAGGUCCUGGGUUCAAAUGUGGCCUCUAACAUUCCCUGUGUAAUCCCAAUUACCUAGCCCUUACCAUGCUUCUGCUUUGGAACUGAUACUUAGUAUCAAUUCUAAGACAGAAGGUAAGGAUCAAAAAAAUAAAAUCCUUUCUCUAAGAUUUCAAAUCACUAGCCUAUGGUAGUUCUUUUCUGAUCUCAAAAAGUAAUCUUCCUUAAUUAACAAGAUUCCAUCAGUCACUAACCUGGACUUAUCUUGUUUACUUUUGAUUGGAUCUUAAAUAAGGGCAUCUUGCUCUUCACAAAUACAUUUGAGACCAUAAGGAGUCCUCUGCUUUGCCUACUCAAGGCCCUCUGCCCUCCUUAACUUAGCUGCCCUCCUUUAAUCAUAGUUAUAAAAAAGAAGAAAAAAAUUUCUUUCUUUAAGUAAACCCUGACAUAAUCAAUGUAUAUGCUUAUUCCCUCACACAAGCCUUAUUAAUAACAAGCCCGGGCUUAUUGAUAUUUUUGGAGCUUCUUCUAAGUACUUUAACCCACCACCAUGUGUGGAUUGAAAUGUGAGGUCAAGGAGGUAACUGUUAAGAAUUUAGAGCAAAACCAGAAGGGACUCCAUGGGUGGAAGUACACAGGAUCAGAAGAAUCCUAAACAUUAGAGCAAGUUCUGCUGCAGAGAAAGAACAGAGAGGCCUGAAAAAAAUCUAAGCUGCUUAAACUCAGAACUGUACAGAGACUUGGGAAUACUUAUAAGGCAUGAAAAUCAGGCCAGGUCACUGAGUCCAGAAUAAUAACAAAAUUAUGUAGACAUAGAGGCAGUCUACAAGACACAUAGAAGGCAAUGGAAAAAUAUUUUUAAGGUCUAGGAAAGGUCCAAGGAAAAUGCAGUUCCUUGGAUAAUGAUUGGGGAUAGGAAAAGGAGGUAGAAGACUGAAAAGAUAGAGGUCUAUGUGGGAACAAGUCAAUUAUAAUUGCAUAAUUAUAGAAAAAACAGCACCUGUAGUGGGAAGGUAUGAAAUCAAAACAAAUGACUGAAGAAUGUUUUAGGAAGUUGGAUGAAUUUAAAUAUAUAACUUCCCAAGGUAAACACAUAUAGCAUUUUUCAGUGCCCUUUAUUUAUAACAAUCCAGUGGGUAGGGAGUACAAGUAGGAGAAUCCCCACUUUGCAACUGAAACUGAGGCUCAGAUAAAGUAAGUGGCUUGCUUAGGGUUACAUUAAAAGAUGACAGAGCUUUGAUUUGAAACCAGGACACCCUAAGCCCAAUAUUCUUUCCAUAAUACCAUUUUGAAAGACUUUCAGCUGUUGUUUCUGAGAACUUUUGUAGGCUAUUGUUCAAGGCAGAAUCUUCUGCAGUGACACCUGAAGCUUAGGAUCCCUGAUGAAAUAAAUAGAGGGGAGAGGAGACUUAGCACUCAGUCUGAUAGUAUAUUGGUAAAAAUGUGAUUGCCCAUAGACAAUCUCCUUUAUAGUUUUAUAACUCAUAUUGACAUUUAGACUUUUGUACAUUUCUUCAAAUUGGAAAAACUAUGGUUAGAUGGUAGAUAGGAUGUGAAAGGCUUUGGGGCAGUUGACACUGCGCUGGGUGGAAGUGGGGAUAAUGAUCUCAGGCAAUGACAACUGGUUUUAUUCAGCUUUUGUAAAGAUUCCUAAACUUAGCACUGGAGGAUAGGAGAGGAGGACUAGGAAAGUUCUAUAUUGAGUUCUAAGUCUAGAAUGUCACUGUCAUCCCUGCUUCAGCAGGGAACACACCCCUACCCUCACCCAUAACCCUUCUUAUGAGUUGCUGUUUCUCCUAUAUGUCUACUGAAGAUUCUUUCUCUCUGGAAGAAUUGAAGAAAGGUCAGCAAUAUGAGGGUUAUAACUCCCUGACUUUGGAAGUAGUUUCAUUUCCAGGAUAACCUUUGGCUAUUCCCUUUUGUCUACCCUUUGACCUUUAAUUAUCUCAGUUUCUUUCACCUGGUCUCUUCUUUCUUUCCUACUUCUCAUCACUUUGUACAUAUUGAUGCUGUAGUCUCAGGAUAAGCUCCUCAGUCUUGUUUCCCUGCUUCCCCUAGUGCCCCGCAAUUACCUGUCUAGUAUCCUUGUCUUUUAUCCAUCAUGGGGGCUGAUGAAAUGCUAUCUCCUGCAGAUCGGGAUGAGUGGGUCCCCUGGUGGGAAUGUGGUCUCUGACGGCCAGUGAGAUCGAAAGUGCCACGCCCCGCUUCUUUGUGGGAGCUGGGGAUGAGGGGCUGGGUAUCCAGGGAGCAGGCAUGAGUAUGGAAGAGAGUGAAAGUGAGCUCCUUGAGGAUGAAGAAGAUGAAGUGCCCCUCGAGAGGCAGAUCAUUGUUGGCAUUUGUGCCAUGACCAAGAAGUCCAAGUCCAAGCCAAUGACCCAGAUCCUAGAACGACUAUGCCGCUUUGACUACCUAACUGUGAUUAUUCUGGGUGAGGAUGUUAUCCUCAAUGAGCCUGUGGAGAAUUGGCCACCUUGCCAUUGUCUCAUCUCUUUCCACUCCAAAGGCUUCCCUCUGGACAAAGCAGUUGCUUAUGCGAAGCUCCGAAAUCCCUUCCUCAUCAAUGAUCUGACUAUGCAGUAUUAUAUCCAGGACAGGCGGGAAGUAUACCGAAUCCUGCAAGAGGAAGGCAUUGAUCUGCCUCGAUAUGCUGUGCUUAAUCGUGACCCUGCCCGACCAGAGGAGUGCAACCUGAUAGAGGGUGAGGACCAGGUGGAGGUGAAUGGAGCUGUGUUUCCCAAACCAUUUGUGGAGAAGCCAGUGAGUGCUGAGGAUCACAACGUCUACAUCUACUAUCCCAGCACAGCUGGUGGGGGGAGCCAGCGCCUCUUUCGUAAGAUUGGCAGCCGAAGCAGUGUAUAUUCCCCUGAAAGCAGUGUCCGAAAGACUGGAUCUUACAUCUAUGAGGAAUUCAUGCCCACAGAUGGCACUGAUGUCAAGGUAUAUACAGUGGGGCCAGACUAUGCCCAUGCUGAAGCCCGAAAGUCUCCAGCUUUAGAUGGAAAGGUGGAAAGGGACAGUGAAGGGAAGGAGAUUCGAUACCCAGUCAUGCUGACUGCCAUGGAGAAGCUAGUGGCCAGGAAAGUCUGUGUUGCUUUCAAGCAAACAGUUUGUGGGUUUGACCUUCUCCGUGCCAAUGGUCACUCCUUUGUCUGCGAUGUCAAUGGCUUCAGCUUUGUCAAGAAUUCAAUGAAAUACUAUGAUGACUGUGCCAAGAUCCUAGGGAAUACCAUAAUGCGGGAGCUUGCCCCCCAGUUUCAGAUUCCAUGGUCCAUUCCCACAGAGGCUGAAGACAUUCCCAUUGUCCCUACCACAUCUGGCACCAUGAUGGAACUCCGUUGUGUCAUUGCCAUCAUCCGUCAUGGGGAUCGAACUCCCAAACAGAAAAUGAAGAUGGAAGUUACACACCCUAGGUUCUUUGCACUUUUUGAGAAACAUGGUGGCUACAAAACUGGGAAGUUGAAACUGAAAAGGCCAGAGCAGCUGCAGGAGGUGCUGGACAUCACUCGGCUGUUGCUGGGAGAGCUGGAGAAGGACCCUAGUGGUGAGAUUGAAGAGAAAAGAGGAAAACUGGAGCAGUUGAAGACUGUGUUGGAGAUGUAUGGUCAUUUCUCAGGCAUCAAUAGGAAGGUACAGCUGACUUACUACCCCCAUGGAACCAGAGUCUCUAAUGAGGAACAAGAUCCACAGCAGGAGACCCUGGCCCCGUCUCUGCUGCUGGUGUUGAAGUGGGGUGGGGAGCUGACUCCUGCUGGCCGGGUCCAGGCUGAGGAACUGGGACGAGCUUUCCGUUGCAUGUAUCCAGGGGGCCAGGGGGACUAUGCUGGCUUCCCUGGUUGUGGGCUUCUACGACUCCAUAGCACUUACCGCCAUGACCUCAAGAUCUAUGCUUCAGAUGAGGGUCGUGUACAGAUGACAGCUGCAGCCUUUGCCAAGGGAUUACUGGCACUGGAGGGGGAGUUGACACCUAUCCUGGUACAAAUGGUGAAGAGUGCCAACAUGAAUGGGCUUUUGGACAGUGAUGGUGACUCUUUGAGCAGCUGCCAACACCGUGUGAAAGCACGUCUACAUCACAUUCUACAACAGGAUACACCCUUUGGCCCUGGAGACUAUGAGCAGCUGGCCCCUACAGGCAGUCUCUCCUUGCUCAACUCCAUGGCCAUAAUUCAGAAUCCUGUGGAGAUAUGUAACCAGGUAUUUUCUCUGAUUGAGAACCUCACAUACCAGAUCCGGGAACGACUGCAGGACCCCAAGUCAGCAGACCUGCAGUUGUACCACAGCGAGACUCUGGAGUUGAUGUUGCAGCGCUGGAGCAAGCUGGAACGUGACUUUCGGCAGAAAAGUGGACGCUUUGAUAUCAGCAAAAUCCCUGACAUCUAUGAUUGUGUCAAGUAUGACGUGCAGCACAAUGGGAGCCUGGGGCUCCAGGGGACAGCCGAAUUGCUGAGACUCUCCAAAGCGCUGGCUGAUGUGGUCAUUCCUCAGGAGUAUGGUAUCAGCCGGGAGGAGAAACUAGAGAUUGCUGUGGGCUUUUGCCUCCCAUUGCUGAGGAAGAUUCAGCUUGACCUACAGCGAACCCAUGAAGACGAGUCUGUCAACAAGCUUCAUCCCCUGUACUCCAGAGGGGUGCUUUCCCCAGGCCGCCAUGUCCGAACACGUCUCUACUUCACCAGCGAGAGCCAUGUCCAUUCCCUGCUCAGUGUCUUCCGUUAUGGAGGGCUUCUUGAUGAAUCCCAGGAUGCUCAGUGGCAGAGGGCUCUGGCUUAUCUCAGUGCCAUCUCAGAGCUCAACUACAUGACUCAGAUUGUUAUCAUGCUAUAUGAAGACAAUACCCAGGAUCCCUCAUCAGAGGAGCGAUUCCACGUGGAACUGCACUUCAGCCCUGGAGUGAAAGGUGUUGAAGAGGAUGGUAGUGCCCCCACUGGCUGUGGCUUCCGUCCAGCCUCUUCUGAGAAUGAGGAAAUACAGACAGACAAAGGCAGUAUGGAAAACCUGUGCCGGAGUAGGGGUCGAGAUGAACCAGACCGGGUAUUGCAGACAUCACCCCAGCCUCCUGAGAUCCCUGGUCUUCCAAGAAGAUCUCCACUCAUCCGAAACCGUAAAGCUGGCUCUAUGGAGGUGUUAUCUGAGACUUCAUCUUCCCGACCUGGUAGUUACCGUCUAUUCCAGUCUUCACGCCCCCCAACGGAAAUGAAGCAAAGUGGCCUGGGCUCACAGUGCACGGGGCUGUUCAGCACUACGGUGCUGGGCGGCUCAUCCAGUGCCCCGAAUCUCCAGGACUACGCUCGCAGCCAUGGCAAAAAACUCCCACCUGCCAGCCUGAUGCACCGAGAUGAGUUCUUGUCUGUCCCGGCUGUAAAGCGAUUUUCUGUGUCGUUUGCAAAGCAUCCGACUAACGAGUUGCUGGAUGACCAGCACCCUGUGGUCCAGCUGCUGCGCAGUUUCUCCUCCGACUGCCCAGGGGGCUGGCCAGUCUCCCUGGAUGCCACGCUGGCGCAUCACCUGCACCAGUGCUCCUACCACCUUCGCCUCUUCCGGAACUGGCUGCGUUCAGGCCAGGAUGAUCCUGAGUGCCUCUACGGAUUUGAAGGUUGUUCCAUGGUGCCCACCAUCUAUCCACUGGAGACUCUGCACAAUGCCCUCUCCCUUCGCCAAGUGAAUGAAUUUCUGAGUUCGGUCUGCCAACGGCACACAGACGCCCAAGUAUCUGCAGCUCUGUUUGAUUCCAUGCACAGCAACCAGGCUCCUGGGGGCCCAUUUGCUCCACCCCAGACCCUUCACUCACCCCCUUUGCAGCUCCGGCAGCGCUCUGAGAAGCCCCCAUGGUAUAGCAGUGGUCCCUCUAGCACUGUGUCUAGUGCUGGCCCCUCUUCCCCUACUUCAGUUGAUGGUGCCUCCCAUUUUGGCUUCAGUGACCGUCCAAAUCUGAGUUCUCAAGUGAGUGAGGAGCAUCAAGGUCUUGGGCAGCCUCAAGAGAUCCCCGAGGAUGGGGGCAAGAGUACAGAGAUGGGAAAAGGGCCCUCUAAAAUCAUCCAGCCAUCUCAGGAAAUGCCUGUGAAGGUUGGCCAGCUGUUACAAGAAAACCUUGAAGAGGUAGAUGGGGCAGUCCAAGAGGUUCUGGGGAAAAUUGAGCAGCUGACUAAGGGAGUCUCUGAGACCAACCGACUGUUUCAGGAGGGCCCUGUUGAAGUUGAUCAGCCCCUUCAAGAGGUUACUAUGAAUACUGAUCAGCUUUCAAAGGAAGCCCCUAAAAUUGGCCGCCUGCCUCAGAAGAUUCCUGAGGAGGCUGACCAACCAAACCAGGGGGCUGCUGAGGAGCUUGACCAGUCCACCCAGGAGGCUGAUGAGGAGGUUGACCAGCCAACUCAAGAGGGAAGUAAGGUUGAUCAGCUGUCCCAGGAUGCUCCUGGGAAAGUUGAUUUGCUGCCUCAAGACACUCUUGAAGAGUGUCCAGCCAAGAUUGACCAGCCAAUCCAGGAGGAUUCUAAGGAGGUUGAUCAGCUAUUUGGAAAGGAUGUUCUUCAAGACUGGCACCUGUCCAGUGACCCAGACCCCUUAGAUCAAUCCCUGACCCUCAACCAGCAGUCUCCCUUCCCACCAGCACCACAUGACUAAACAUUCUACCAUUAGUGGUCACAUUGCACCAAUCAUUUGAACCAGCAGCAAUUCUGCUGGCCACCUCACCUGCCAGUUACAGGCCUUGCCUCUAACCAGAGGGCUCUGAGGAAGCAAUCUCUCCCCUCAUGAAGAGGCGUAUUAUUGGGGCAAAAGCUGGGCUGGGGUGGAGCUGACUCUGCUAAGAGUCCCUUGGGGCUGGUUGCCUAAUUAAUGUCCUCAAUUCCUCAGAAUAGGCCAGGGGGUUCCAGGUAACUGAGAGUUGAAGGAAAUGUCCUUUUGUUGCUGAAAACAAUUGAGGACCAGCCCAGAUAUGAAAAGGGACUCCCAAGUGAGGGCCCUGGAUUCUGCUAAUGCCCUAGCAAAGGGUGAAUAAGGUCCCCUGGGCCCCAUGGGCAUUCAAGAGGGCUACCUAGUGUUCUUAGGGCAGGUUUAGGAUGGCCAAUCAAAUUGGGAGAGGGAAAGGAUCCCAUUCCCCAAUCAACCAUCCUGGGUGACCACUGAUACUGAAAUUGGGCUAUAGAUAUUCCCAUAUUAUCCCCAAGUGCCCCCCUCCUAUCCAUCUGGACAACAGCUCUGGCAUAGGAUGGGUAUCAAACUGCUCUAAAGAUUUAAGAGUAACCACUUUAAGCUGCUUUAGGGGUAUCUUGCCUUCAGGAGGUCCAUAGCCAACUGCUGAGGGGUAUCUUGGCUUAGUGUGGGGAGGGAGUCUAUAGUGGAGAGAAUCAAGUUUUAUUUUAAGCAUUUAGAAGAGAUCACUAUUGUACAGACAGGAGCAAAGAUUUAAUAUAUAUAUAUAUAUAUAUGUGUGUGUGUGUGUGUGUGUGUGUAUAUAUAUAUAUAUUUCUGUAGUGAGGCCAGGCUGGGCCCACCAGGGACCAAGCACUCUAGGGUCCCUGUGAGGUUUGUCCUUGCUUCUCUGUGUCCUUAGGACCAGGUGUGAUUGUGAAGCUUUUCCCAAAGAUGGUGGGGGUUCGGGUGGGGGUGGGGGGAGGGAAGGGUGGGAAGGGAGAUACAGUCAUUUAGAUUGGGUGUGGGCAGGAACAUUGUGAGUGCUCAAUAAAUAUGAAAUAAUGACUUUAGUGGUA